AUGGGACCGGAGAAGAUCACCGUCGCCGCGCCCUCGCAGUCGUUCCGCCUCCGCUGCAAGAGCCUCAACUCGCUCCGCCUCCGCCGCAUCUUCGAUAUGUUCGACAAGAACGGCGACUGCAUGAUCACGGUGACCGAGAUCAGCCAGGCGCUGUGCCUCCUGGGCCUGGAGGCGGACGUGGCGGAGCUGGCUUCCAUGACGCAGUCGUACAUUCGCCCCGGGAACGAGGGCCUGACCUUCGAAGACUUCGUGGCCCUGCACGAGUCCCUAGGCGACACAUACUUUGGCUUCGUGGAGAUCGCUGAAGAGGAGCAGCAGGAGUCGGACCUCUGGGAGGCCUUCAAGGUGUUCGACGAGAACGGCGACGGCUACAUCUCCGCCAAGGAGCUCCAGGUGGUCCUUGGCAAGCUGGGCCUCGUGGAGGGCAACAUGAUAGACAAUGUCCAACGCAUGAUUGGCUAUGUUGAUACCAACCACGACGGCCGCGUCGAUUUCGAGGAGUUCAAGGUGAUGAUGCGCGCCACCAUUCUCCCCUCUUGUUGA